GCCCUCCCGCGGCUCCGCCCGCGCUGAGACGAAGCGUCUCCUCCGUUGGGCCGAGUCCGCCAGCCUACCGGCGGGCAUGAACAACUGCCCCCGAAGUCCCCGCGCGGCCCGCGACCCCAAGCCCGCCGGCCCUCGCUAGCUGUUGGCAUCGGGCGUUUUCUUCACCAUCCAACCGAGUCUAAGGAAUCUGUGGCGUUGAGAUUCGGACGAAAUGGAAGAAAAAGAGCGAUGUGACCCAUUCGGCUUUGCCCUCCUGCAUUGAGGCCUAGUUGGCAUCUGCAGAGAGGAAAAUACAGCCAGGAAAGCGUGGUUUUUUUUUUCCCCCCCGAAAGGGGGUGGGAGGGUAGGGUAGUGAAAGGGAGGAAUCUUAGUUUUAUAUGUUCUUUUUUAAAUUCUGCGCUUUGAAAGUGGUGGCUAAAUAAACUAAUCCAAAAGUUAUUUUUUUCUAUCGAGAAGACAGAAGAGGUGGAUUUUUUUUUUUUGUCCCUUUUGAUUUCAACCUUUUCUCCCAGUGACAAAGCAUAAAUCAUGGACACCAGAGAAUAAGGUGAACCUCAGGAAUCUGAAGACAGAAGCCUAGACCUAGACCUUCUGAAUCGGGGGGGGGGGGGGAGGAGUGGGGUGUUUAUCAGCUCUGUCUGGAACCUAAAUCGAAAAACAUGAGUUGCAUGCCAUGGAAAGGAGACAAGGCCAAAGCUGAAUCCCCGGAGCUUCCCCAGGCAGCACCCCCACAAAUCUACCAUGAGAAACAGCGCAGAGAACUCUGUGCCCUUCACGCCCUCAACAACGUCUUCCAGGACAGCAACGCCUUCACGCGGGAAACGCUGCAGGAGAUUUUUCAGAGGUUGUCUCCAAACACUAUGGUGACGCCCCAUAAGAAGAGCAUGCUGGGAAAUGGGAACUAUGAUGUGAAUGUCAUCAUGGCAGCACUUCAAACCAAAGGCUAUGAAGCUGUUUGGUGGGACAAGCGCAGGGACGUGGGUGUCAUUGCUCUCGCUAACGUCAUGGGAUUCAUCAUGAACCUACCCUCCAGCCUGUGCUGGGGUCCCCUCAAGUUGCCUCUUAAAAGGCAGCACUGGAUCUGCGUUCGUGAGGUGGGAGGGGCCUACUACAACCUUGACUCCAAACUCAAGACUCCAGAGUGGAUUGGAGGCGAGAGUGAGCUCAGGAAAUUUCUAAAAUACCAUUUGCGAGGAAAAAACUGUGAACUCCUACUGGUGGUACCAGAAGAAGUGGAAGUCCAUCAAAGCUGGAGGGCAGAUGUGUGACGGUUAUGCUGGACCCGCUCUUCGCCUCAACCUCCAGCCCUCUUUGAUGUUCUGUGGCCUCUACAGUGGGUCUGUCCAGCCACUUCCCUAAACAUCUCAUUGAGUUUCCCCCUCAAAUUUGACAGUGCAAUAGGACAGGUGUGUGGACUGUCACAGCCACCAAGCACUGUCUGUGCCUGGGGGAAGAAGGUAGGAGCUCUGAACAUUUAGGGCAAGCCAUUUAACACCUUUUCUAUUUUAGAGAAGGGAGGCAAGAGGGGUGGGGGACUUGCUUACUUCCCCCUUUCUAUGAGGACUUGAUACAAGUUCUGCUGGUAGUUGUCACUGAUGCUCCAGGCUCACAGGGAACACACACUUCCUCUUUUUCUCUCCUGUGGCACCAGGGGGUCCAAGGACACAGUACAUGCAGAGCCCAGUGACUAGUUCAAAGGACCCAAGCAUAAGCGUCUCAGGAAACUGUCAGGCCCCCAGCAGUGGCACUAUAUGCCGUCUGCAAUCCAUAAUGCCACUUCUUACCCCAUUUUUAAUCCUAGCCAGCCUUGGAGUUUUAUAAUGAGAAGUUCUGAUAUUCCAAAGUGGGUAAAUUGCACAGUAUUCCAGCAAGACAAUGGUGAGAGAGGCCUAAUAUUGUGUGGCUGAAGCCACAUUAGGACAGUCAUGGGUUAUGUCCCAACAUUUCACUAUAUUGACAUAGGAGGCUCUGGAGCAAAAAAAAAAAAAAAAAAAAAAAAAUGAAGAGGGACAGUACUCCUAGUUGGCUCAUUUUAACAAAAUCAGAAACACAUCUGCCACUGACACCAAAUUUCAUAGGGACGGAGUUGGGUGAGGAAACUGCCAUGAAAAUGAGCCCCACAGUCUGAGGGUGAGAACUGGCAGGCACAUCCUGGGCUCCAGAGCUGUGGCCAGAGUCGCAGGUUAUGUGCAGGACACUGGAGGCUCUGAGUUUGGCAUCUUUGUGUAGUUUCCAUUACAAACUGAGGGUUGGCUCACCCCCCACCUCAAGUAGUUCUAGACCAUUUUUUCUCCUGUAAUUUUAGAAAAUAAGUAAUUACCAUGCCACACACCAGUGUGGUUGUGGUGGCCUUUAAGGCAGGUGACCUGGCCAGUCCUUAGGGGAGUCCUGGUCUCUGCAGGUCUGAGAGCUGUCCCACUGGCCAGGCUUCUCCCUUGGUAACAGAGCUAGCCUAGGGGCUUGCAUGUCGAUCCUGAGCAAGCUUACUGGGGUGAAGCGGGGGCUGUCUCCCCACUGACUGGAGUGCAUGUUUACACCAGCACUUUUCUGCACAUGUAUCUUCAACAAGGCCGUUUUUUAUUCGAGUAGCAGAUGGCCCCAAGUGGCUACUGCAACUCAACCACGGUCAUCUGUACCAUUUUCUACACCGGAUCUGCUUGGCACCAUGGGGAGCUCUGACCCUGCACAAUGACAUUCCAAUCACUACCAGCCAGAAGUUACAGCCGACCUUGCUGAUCGGCACAAGCAGGACCUUGGGUCCAUUGGCACUGUCGGUGGUAGUAAGCCAUUUCUUGGGAAGAGGAGACUCCUCCCUACAGAUCUGCUUGGGCCUGUGCAAACAGCACUGGAAAGGAGUCCCAUGCACGCGGAAUCCAUGAGCCAGUGGAAUGUACAAAGACGCUUAAGCAUUUCAGGGCUGGUUCUGUUCAUAUCCAAUCUGGUGCUUAGGAACAGGGACCCAUGUUGAUGCCCAAGGGCAAAAAGCCCCAUUCCUUUUAAGGAAGGGGAGCCUGACCCUGAUGCCCAGCAAGGGGCAGCCCUAGGCUUUGUUCUUCUUGCUUUACUCCCUUUUUUUUGUUGGCCUUGUGCUGGGUUUGUUUACAAAGAUGUAUUUUGUUUAACCAAAUAUUAAAAAUGAAAAACUGAACACAA